AUGUCAGUAGAUGUGACUAAAGCUCACGGUGCAGACGCUGGCUGUGAACCUCCACCGAAUCCCACUUCCCGACUUCAUGGGAGAAUCCCAACUAAGAGAAAGGGUCGUGGCGUAGCUAUUGGAAAAGAUUUAGAUGAGGUGCGACGUAAAACUGGAAAACCACUGAAAGUAAGAUUUUGCCCGCAAACUCGAACCUUAUUGAGUCAUGGAAGGAAUACCACUAGAAGAAACACAACAAAUGAUUUUGUGAAAGACGAUGUUCGCCAAGAUUAUGAAACAUUGAAGGUUGAUUUUGAGUUACAAACUCAACAAGCAUCUGGUGCCACUUCCAAUGAUGAUGGUUCGACAAUAGUUGGUCAAGUGGAGGUGCUACAAAAAGUAUUGGGACAAAGGCGUGGACACGAGCGAAGAGUUGGGCAGCAAAUUGAAGGGGUCGGGGUCAUCAUCUACCCAGCGCUCUCACUUCAGCGAGUCUCAAGCCUCUCCUUAAUGUUCAUCAAAAAAGAUAGAAAAUUUGGAGAAUAAGCUAAAGAAUUUGACUGACCAAGUCAAUUUCUUGUCUCAUUUUUUUCACCUUCAUUUCAUCCACCAAACAUUCAGAUGCCGACUAUGCCUGAUAGCGACAAUAUUUAUGGAGCUUCUUCUUCUCAACCUCCAGCUCCAGCCCCAGCCCCAGCCUAUUUCUGAUAGCGACAAUAUUACAUGUACGGGGUAGCACCGUCUCAACCGUGGCAACUCCAUACAUGUACAGAGAAACACCAUCACCUUAUUCGUGCCCAGUUCCACCAUCGUCACAACCGUCGUAUCCCUACAUGUAUGGAGCAGGAUCGUCCACAUCACCUCUUCAAUAUCCCUGGUCGAUGCCGUUGUCGCAGCCACCACAACCACAAUAAGAAGACUAUAUGGAGGACGAGACAACUAAUUCAGGAGGCUAGGUUUAUUUUA